AUGUAUCGGGGUGUGUGUGUGUCGGUUCCCCUGCUGACUCUACUGGUACUGACAUUUGUGGUGCCCAUGGGCCAUGCCUGCCCCAGGAGCUGUAACUGCUACCAGGCCAAUGAAGUCCACUGUACCUUUCGUUCCCUGCUCAGCAUACCUUCUGGACUGCCUCCAUACACACGCCGCAUAAACUUUGGAUUCAACAGCAUCAGCACAAUACGUGACAGUUCUUUGGCUGGGCUAAUGAAGGUGGAGCUUCUGAUGCUCCACAGCAAUGACCUCCACCAUCUGCCAGAUGAAGCAUUCAAAGAUAUGAAAUCACUACAGAUACUAAAGCUUAGUUAUAACAAGCUUGGAGAGAUCUCUUCAUCUCUAACCUUUUCUGGCCUGACCUCCCUGCUGCGUCUGUACUUGGAUCACAACCUCCUCCAGCACAUCCACCCCCGGGCGCUACUCCAGCUGCCUAGCCUCAGGCUGCUGCGUCUGCAAGGGAACAGGCUGCAUCAACUGCACCCUCGCACUCUGUGCACACUGUCCCUCCUGAAUACAUAUUACUUCUCUACACUCAGACACCUAGACUUGUCCAACAACAGUCUUACAACUCUGCCCAAAGACACAUUAGCAACAGCACCUCUGCUGGAGACUCUUGUGCUGCAGGCUAAUCCUUGGAGUUGUGACUGUAGGAUGAACUGGUUUCUCACUUGGAGUCUGGCACAUCCAGGCUUAAUGAAAUGUCCCAGCGGCCCUCAGUGUCCGAUCUGUGCCUCGCCAAAUUCCCUUCAAGGUCAGGGCUUGCUUGAGCAGACUGACCCCUUGUGCAGCCCGCCUGUUAUCGCCUCCCCAGGAAGAGAAACACCUUUGGAGACAGAACUCAGUGAAAUCCAAACCAGCGAAUCCUUUAGAGAGCCUUUAGGCGCUGCCUCUCUGGGUCUGUCUGACCAACAAGGCAACAGUGUGGAUCUGGUUUGCAACUUCACUAACUCAGAGUCCCAGGAUAUUGCCCCUCCUCCAGAUCUCUCUCUUUCCUCCUUUUCUCCUCUCCCCCUUGCUCUGACACUCUCCCUAGAAUGCCCUGUGGACAAACAGAGCUAUGAGAAACUUUGGAGGAUCCUAGCUUACUACAGUGAGACUGCGGUUCGUCUGGAGAGGCAGAUCAUGCUGAGUAAAGCCCCAGCAUUGGCUUACCGCUACAGGCAGGCACCAGAGACGGAAGGAUAUUAUCACACUGGAGUCCAAUCUUCUGUUAAAGCCAGACCGCUAUGGUUACUACAGCCAGCCAUCAGCAUUCAGCUAAACAGAGCGCAGUCUAACAGACACAGAGUUCAACUUAUCUACUCAACAAGAGUUUCUGCUCAUCCUGACCCUGCUUCUCAUCCCUCAUCAUCCUCCCCUACCUCACACCCAUGGGUGCUAAUUUCAACUAAUAAGACCACCACAGAACUUGCAGCAGUAGUAGGUAGUAAGGUGGAGCUAUCAUGCCCUCUUUUAAGUUCUGGUAACCCCAAAGUACAGUGGGUUCACCCAGAUGGAUCCAAGCUCAUAUCCCCUUCCAGUAGCCUAGGUGGUAGGAUGCAGGCUUCAACCUCUGGUUUACUUCUACAAAAAGUGCAUCUCUCAGAUGCAGGGAUCUAUUACUGCAUAGCCCGGGCAGGCAAGGAUGUAGACGUUCUUCCCCUGCGCCUGGCGGUGGAGGAUUCCUCUUUUCCCCCUUCAGGAGAGCAAGUGGGACCUCCUGUCACAUCAACUGUUGGGAAACCGGUCAGUCUAUCCUGCAAGGCUUUUGGCUCACCAACGCCUCAUAUAAGUUGGAUGUUACCAGAUGGAAACUUGGUACGGCAGGGAUUACCUGUAUCAGGUGGGCUCAUUUUACAAUCAAAUGGAAGUCUCUCUCUGCCUAACCCUUCUCUGAGGGAUACUGGUCAUUACCGCUGCAUUGCAGUCAAUCAGUAUGGUAGUGAUUUUCUGUCGAUUCAGCUUGAAUUAAUUUCAAGACAUCCCCCUCCACUUAGGACUUCAUUUCCCACAGGGCCACAGUCAGCUGCGGGCCGGUCAACCAAGAUACGAGCUCCAUUACAAGAAGAAGAAGGGUCUGGCGAUAUGGCGGAAGGAGAGAUAAUUCUUGCUGGCAAUAGGAAACUUCCAAGACCUCUUCAGCAUUCCCCAAACAGACUUCUUUCAAUUGGAAAAUCAGUAAGACGUGGACCUAUGAGAGAAGGCCCCCUGAGGAGAGAAGGAAGGCCUAUAUCAUCCAAUAACAAGAUAAGAAACCGCUUUGAGAACAGACAUAGGGUUACCACAAACAAACAAAGGAUAGACCCUCAGAAAUGGGCUGAUCUCUUGGCUAAGAUUCGACAGAAGACUGUUGCCACUAAUGAAAGCGAGCCUGUCGUGGCAGAAAAUCCCACAGCUGAAGCUGUAGGAGGAGGCGUAGGUGGAGACACAAGUAGACAUGAAGGUCACGAGGAUACAGAGAGAAGUAGAUCUGAAGGAGCAGGGGACGAAUCAGAAACUGAAGGGUCAUCUCUUGAUGAGACUGAUCUAAAAGAGGAAGGCCUUCAGCAAAUUCACCCUGUAAACAAAGAAAUGAUAAAGACCAACACUGACACAGAAACAGAGAUAAAGACGACAACAGAAUCAACAGAAACAGAGACAAAUAUAGAGAAUGAGACAGAGAAAGCAACUCCACAGACAGAGUCAGUGACAAACAAAGAGACACUGAAAAAAGCAGUCACAUUGAAGCCAGUGUCAGGAGCAAAUGAAAUUGUCCCAGAAACAGGUGAACGUGAUGAGCCAGAAGCAAACACCAACCCUUCUAGAACGAAGCCCCAAAGCCCCCGGGAGGGACUCUUCCCUAAUUUUGUACCCAAUUCCCGGCCUCAAAGCCCUUGGAACUCUCGCAGGAGGAUCGGACAGCGAAGACGAAUCAUCAACAGGCCCAGGGGGCGUCCUUUGACCCCACGCCGACCUAUCCCUGACCCUAUAAACCCGAGGUCACAAACUGAGACACCUGUCACUACAACAGAUCAAAUGAAUAUGUUGAUGCUGGCAUCAACAACUACAUCUCCAGCCUUGUUGUUGACACCCAGGGACCAUAUUAAGACUACUUCAAAUGAUGUGGUACUGAAUUCUCAGUCUUCCUCUAUUUCUAAUACUGUUGGUAUCUCCACUUCUGCCUCCCCCUCAUUGACUCCCUCUUCCUCCUCUAUCACCUCAUUAUCCCCCUCUCACAUGAAGAUACAUAUAGACAUGGUGACUCACUCAGCCAACAUCCCAGACACUGCAGAAUCCACUCUCUUCAACACACCGACACCAGCACCCACUCACUUGGAUGCUACGCACUGCCAGAAGUACUACAACUACUCUUACCUCUACCAGUUCUACCACAACACCUGA